GGCCCGCCCGGCGCGCACUGACCGCGUGUUGUUGCGUGUUGUUGUUGUUGUUGUGCGAGUGAACGUCGCGAAGUUGAAGUAAAAGACGUGCGCGUUCAACACAGUGGGAGGGGGUGCGCGUCUAAACACGUGCCGGCGAUGUGGAUAUCGAGUAGCGGUGGUCGCCUUUGACAGCGGCGCGACUACUGCCGGGCCGAUAUCGCGUGUCUUGGGUGAACACUUCGUUACCAGUCAACUCUACAAGGGUUUAAGAUACACGCGAGACCGCGUGUUGUUAACGACAUCAUCGUUAACACGUUUCUAUCACGCUGGCUGCUUGCCUCGGACCGCAUCCCCGACGUAAACCGGCUCUACAAUUGACGACUUGAAACGGACGCCACCUCAAGUAUUUUCGGGGGAUCCAGGUUUGUGUUGCGGCCAUUUGUCAAAAUGUCCCAGCAAAGCGCGGUGAUUGGCAGAUUGGAGCAGCGGGCUGCUGAGGCCGACCAGAUCAUUGCCUACCUGAAGCAGCAGGUGGCUCUACUCAAGGACAGAGCUGUGUUGCAGCAGUCGCAAAAUGAAGAAGAGAGGCUGCAGCGUGAGAAUGAAACACUAAAGCAAGAAAUUGAAGUUGUGAAGCAGCAGCUCAUUGCGGCUGAAGUUAGGAAUGGAUUGGUGCAGAUUCCACUGCCCACGCAGCAGACGGCUUGUGUCACUCCCCCGUCAAAGUCUGGCACCGAGACUGUCGCGGAGAAGACGUCUCAAAGCCUCUCCAGCCCCUCGGACGUCAACUCGCCCCAGGCGGCUGCCCAGCCACCUCCCACGGGGGACAAGAAAAAGGAAAAGUCGGAGAAGAAAGGUGAAAAGAAGGACAAGGAGAAGAAGGUGGGAGGCGCGGAGGAGGCGGCUCGUCCCGUGGACGUGUCCCGGCUGGACUUGCGCGUGGGACGCAUCGUGUCGGCACAGAAGCACCCAGACGCCGACUCGCUGUACGUGGAGCAGGUGGACGUGGCGGAGGCAGCGGCGCGCACCGUCGUCAGCGGCCUCGUCAAGCACAUCCCCCUCGAGCAGAUGCAGGACAGGAUGAUUGUGGUGAUGUGUAACCUCAAGCCGGCCAAGAUGCGGGGUGUGCUGUCGCAGGCCAUGGUGAUGUGCGCCAGCUCGCCCGACAAGGUAGAGAUCCUGGACCCCCCGGCUGGGGCCGUUCCUGGAGACCGCAUCACCUUCAAAGGGUACCCAGGUGAGCCAGACAAGGAGCUGAACCCCAAGAAAAAGAUUUGGGAACAAGUGCAGCCAGAUCUUCUGACUAAUGCUGAGUUCGUGGCUACCUACAAGGGUGUGCCCUUUGAAGUGGCAGGCAAGGGUGUGUGCAAGGCACAAACUAUGGCCAACAGUGGAAUCAAAUAAGGGCUCUUAAAUUGUUUGUGCAAUGCUCUCUACCUGCUGCUGAAUAAGGGUAUUUCAAUGUUAAAUUAUAGAGAGCUAUACGACUACAAAUGAUGCUGUGUUGUUAGAACAUUUAAGUAAUUCUCACUUGAUGCUAUGUUCUAGUACCGGUUGUACGAGACACUGGCAGACGUUGACGAUUUGAGUGCUUGGUGCAGUAAAACUCCACUUUGCCAGGAUUGGAGUUAGGAAAUUCACUCAAAGACAAAUUCAUGGCUAAAAUUAGUUGUAUUAAAGUCCUAUCUAUGGCUAACCUGUAAAAUCGUGGAUAAUAGCCUUCAUUUUAAAUUCGAUGCAAUGUACUGCAGUGUACAGGCACGUCUCGCUGAUUGAGCAAGAUAGGUUGCACAAAAUUUGCUCGAUAAGGAAAGACUCGUUAAACGAUAAUCGUUUCCCAUUGACUCACUCCCAUGUUUAAAGCUGAGCUACUUUUUUGCAACGUGAGAAAUACAAAUGUGAAAUUUUUAAUAAAUUAAUGAAACAUGAAAUGUAACACCACACGUGAAGAACCACAGCGCUUGCAGGUUCCUGGCCUUGAUGUUGUUUGAAGGGUAGAUGUUGGUGGGUGGAGGGAGCAGCAGGGACCACCACGUAGGACCGCAGGUUCAAAUAUCACUCGCCACUGAUGUUCGCCGUGGUUGGGAAUCGAACCACGGGUUGCUGGGUUCAUAGCCACGAUGUGAGGGUACGGGACAGAGCGCGACUUCCUAUCCUCAGCGGCUGCAAUGAAUUCGUGCCGCCACCUACCCCUCACCCACCCACCCAUGACGGUGCCACCCCGAGGGCCCCCUCCACGAUACAACUCGACGCCCUGGCACAUCACAGGAGAGGGGAAACAAAACAGCUGCGGCUCCCCACCACCGUGUGCUCCCUGCCACCACCAGACGGACAUUUAUCGAUCAGCGUCCCAUCGCCAAGCAAACAUUUGCUCGCUUUGCCAACAAAUUCAAAUUGCUCGUUGUGGCGAAUUCUCGUAGAAAGAACGCUCGUUAAGCCAGACACGCCUGUAUAUUACUUGUCGAAGCAGCAGCACCUUCACUCACUGGAGGAAACAGUACAGAGAACAACAUCCACAACACAAAACGUAAUCUUCCAUUGUUGUCGAUACAUACAGCCUUCCUGUUAGGGAAGAAUUGUGGAUCAGCCAGACCAUUUGGAAAUUGGGAGUUUCAGAUAAGAAGGCUGUGGAUAAGAGUUUUACUGCCAUGGUUUGGGAAAAUAAAAUCUGAAUUGAAAUGUUCCUCAAUCAUUAUCAAGUUGAAGGCCUCCCCAAGUCAGCACUAUCAUCCUGCGACACUAUAAGCCGAAAUGUUAAUUGAUCACUUUACUGUUGGCGUAACUUUAUAUUUUGUAAAGAGUAAGAAGAACGCAAAGGACAAACGCACUCCUACUCGACGUAUACCUGAAAUUGUCUUUUUUUGGUAUUCGAAAUAAAUCGACGUCUACAGCAUUGUUUGCUGGUUGAA